GGGGGGGGGCUCCGAGCCCGGCCCUUCCCCCUCGGGGCCGUGCUGAGCCGAGCCGGGCAGAGCCGAGACGAACCGAGCCGGGCUGCGCCGAGCCGGGCUGAACGGAGCCGAGCCGCGCUGGGCCGAACCGGGCCGAACCGUGCGGGGAUGAACUGAGCCGGGCUGGGCCGAACCGAACCGAGCCGGGCUGAGCCGAGCCGGGCUGCGCCCCCCCCCCGCCCCCCCCGCCAGCCCCCGCGCAUUGCCACGAGGUGCUGCCAUCCCCACACGCCACCUCACGCAACGGCUGCCCUGGAUGGGGGGAGAUAGCAAGUGAGGAGCCUCUGCCCCGCUCAUGAAUCCCUUCCCAUCCAAGUGGGAUCGGAGCCAGCGCUGGGACCUGGGGGCAGGACGUGCUAUGGAGCCGAGCUUGAGGGGCGCCUGAAGCCAGCAGAAGGACCAGGAUGGGGUGGGGGGACACGGAGCUCCCCAACGUGAGCCUGGCUGCCCGGCCGGACACCUGCUUCGGGGUGGUCAACCUCAGCACCAGCCUCAACGAGACGCAGAAGAAAGCCAUCGCCUCGCCAUGGUUCUCCACUGCCUUCGGCCUCAUCGGCCUCUGCUCCAACCUCUUUGCCCUCUACGUCCUGCUCAGCUCCUCCCGCAAGCUCACCAGCCGGUCCCGCUCCUCCUUCCUCGUCUUCCUCUGUGGGCUGGUGGUCACAGACUUCAUGGGGCUGCUGGUGACGGCCUCGGUCAUCAUCCCUUACCACUUCAUCAAGUUCAACUGGGCUGAGGUGGACCCCGGCUGCCAUCUCUGCAACUUCCUUGGCUUCUCCAUGGUCUUCUUCGGGCAGUGCCCGCUGCUGCUGGGGGCCACCAUGGCCGGCGAGAGGUUCUUCGGCAUCAACCACCCCUUCUCCCGCUCCACCAGCAUCUCCAAGCGCCGUGCGUGGUCCAUCGUGGGGAUGGUGUGGGGCUUCUCCUGCGUGCUAGGGCUGCUGCCGGUGCUGGGGCUGGGCCGCUACACGCUGCAGUACCCCGGCUCCUGGUGCUUCCUCACCCUCCUGCCCGACACCGGCAACGCCGUCUUCUGCCUGCUCUUCGCCCUGCUGGGCAUCUUCUCCGUACUGCUCUCCUUCAUCUUCAACACGGUCAGCGUGGUCACGCUCUGCCGCGUCUACCACGACCGGGAGUCCGUGCAGCGGCGGCGGGACAGCGAGGUGGAGAUGAUGGUGCAGCUCGUGGGCAUCAUGAUCAUUGCCACCAUCUGCUGGAUGCCGCUCCUGAUCUUCAUCAUCCAGACCGUCCUGCAGCAACUGCCGGCCGGGGAGCGCGCCCGGACACUGCCCACGGAGACGCAGAAGCUGCUGCUCAUCUACAUCCGCAUGGUCACCUGGAACCAGAUCCUGGACCCCUGGGUCUACAUCCUGUUCCGCCGCGCCGUGCUGCAGCGCGUGCACCCAGGGCUGCGCACCCGGCCCUCCCUGCUCUCCCUCUACCCCGUCCUCAACCCCUCGCUGCGCCGCAAGCUCGCUCAGGAGGCCCGGCUGCAGUAGUGGGGGGGGGGGCGGGGACGAGCUGGACCCCCCCCCCUCCCCCCGGCCAUGGGAUGUGGGCGCACACAACCAGCGGUGCAGUGGUUUAUUAAUUAGCGGUCACCACGCGUCCGCCCUCCCUGCCCUGAGGCCGGGGGAUGGGGUGCCCGGUGGGGUUUGGGGGGGUGGGAGGCAUGGGGGUGCCCCCCCCCCCCCACACACACACACACACCCCCCCGGGUGACCCCUCCCCAAUAAAGCGCAGCUUGUGCA